GAGAGAGGAGAUGAACCUGUAGUUCCUCUUUGCACAAGGUCAAAAGUGAUGCCCACAUGCACAGCAAGAAGUAUGGUACCUUCAGCCAAGUACUAGCUAGUGGUACAUGUAUUUGAGAGGAAAGCAGGAAGCGGGCUACGCGUAGAAAGGCCUUGGAGGCAGGCGACUGGCCUGGUCCAUGAUGAGAAUUUGCAUUCUUUUGCCUUGGAAUAGGUCGCCUUUGCUCCUACAUCAAAGUAUUGGCCUAAUGUAUUGCCCUCGAUGUUUCAUAGCGGCUUAUCGAAGCACCCAAGCCUAUGAGAUGGGUGUGUCUACUGUCGAACAACGUAACCCAGUCUACAAAGAAAUCGGAACCAUCAUUUCGCUCCAGUCAGACGCAGCCAAAUGUCAGGAGCCCGAGAUCGUCUUGCUCGUUUUCUACUUGGCGCAGCCAGACUAUCUAUCCGAAAGUGUGGGAUCGACUUGGCUGGCUACUCGGCACUACUCAUACUACGUAUUCCAUAUAGAGCAAGGGUCGUGUCAAGUAUGCCAAAGAUUGAGUAGCUACAGGUUAGUUUCCUUGCUUUCAUCGGCCAUUUUGAUGGCCUCAAUGACUUCGAUGGCCUUUGCGGUUUGGUCAUGGUUUCAAAAAAUUGCAGUGGUUGGUAAAGGGCCUCUAUUCCCUCUUGCAAGGGCAUCUCUUUCAACGUUCCUGGCCUGGUACUCAUUGUGUUUUUAAUAGCUCAUGCACAAGCUGCCAUGGACGAAAACCAACGGUACAGUACUUCUUCAAUCAAAGGGUCAACCCCGUGCGUCGAGCAGAAACAGAGAUUUAUGGCCCACGUGUUUUGGAGGCACGCUGACGGUGAAAGUACAAGCUUUCAGCGUGAAGCGAGAAGAUCUUUUGACACACACUUCGAGAGAAGCUUCGGCGGACAAAGCUUCAGUCUACCGCGGCAUGUCCUGAUACCAGUAGCAUCCUUGCAUACUAAUAUAUCGUCUGCAACGGAAUAGGAUGUGGCCCAUGAUGUUUAUCUCAGGGUGUCUUGGCAAUGGUUUCUUUGUUCAACUUCGGCAAUCCAAAAAAAGUUGCACAUGCAAUUGUGAGAAUCAACUUUGGUCGCCAUGAGAAAAUGCCAAGUUUAGAGGUGAAGGAAUACGCUGCGUGGUGUUCUGGUACAUCGUACUACUAGCUCCAAAGCCUCCUUUCUGUUGUCACAAUUUUGCUCGCCACAAGCACUAUUCCACCAUGACACAACAGCAGCACAAGCCUAAUCUAGUUUAUGUGAACCAAAGAUAUUCGGCAACUGUCGAGAUGCGGGGGCCCAUGCUCAGUCCGACUUUCAUCAGCUCGAAAGAGUCUCACAAUUCCAACCCGGAGAGCCUCUUCUUUGCAACCUGAUCUCGACCCAUCCUUACUCUCUUUCCACUGGCAACAUACCAAGAUGAAAUCGUUCAUUACUGGCUCCGCACUCUUCAGUUGGCUCUUGCUCGCCGCCGAGAUGACUCUCGUUUACUCUUCCGGUCUGCGAGGGCAGGACAAAGCAAUGCCUGACGAAACUCAGUCCCAACGAUUCCUCAUGGGAAAUUCUGAUCCAAGUCGGCCCUUGCUUCUCAAGGCGGGUGAACCAGGUUCCUUGGGAACGCUGGAUUUGGAUCAACCAACUCUGCUUAGCCCUUCCUUCCAGGCCAGCUUGGCGGCCCAACUUGGAGGCUCGGGUCGUGAGCUUUUAGUCGAAAAGUCCAGGAACACCGACAAUGACGGCCGUCUCCAUGUUCGCUUCUACCAAGAAGUGCAGGGUCUGAGAGUAGAAGGAGCCUCUUUGGUCAUUCACGCAGACGAAGAUGGAACCAUUGACUCGGUCAAUGGUGAAUUUGUACGUGUCGACGAAGACAAAGAAACCAUGCUUGCAUCCAUGGUGAAUGGGGCUUCGUCGACGCAAUCCAAUGCCGAUUAUCUCCUGAACCAAGCAGUCGAAGAAGCCGGCGUGCAACGUGGUGAAUGGGUGGGCGACAAGCCAACGCUGACGGUCGUCAGACGUCCACAAGAUGGUUCUGCUUGUGUUGCCUUUAGGAGAUUGUACCAGUACAUGGCUCAUGAUGGCAACGACAGUGGUUUGUCCGUCCAUGCCGACAUGAUCUUUGCCGAUGCCACAUCAGGUCCCUCCUCUGACGGGAAAGGAGUCUUUGAUGGACUCUUUUCGGAGGGCGUGGAUGCCAAUGUGAAACCAAUGCCCAAGCUUUGUGCGAGUCUUCCCAUGAUCUUGGGAUCGGGCAUCCCUACCAUGGAAACCUACGAUUGUCAAGAGAGCUACGGAGACAACUGUGUUCUAGUUUCAGAAAACCCCGGUCCCAUCCUCACUGGAGAUGUUGCAUUGGAUGCCGCCCAUAACAAUGCUUACCUCACUUACCAGUACUUUUGGGAUGGUUUUGGCCGCGACUCGAUGGAUGGUGCUGGUAUGCCACUCAUUUCUCGAGUCCACUAUGGUGUCGACUACAACAAUGCGUUCUGGGAUGGAACACGCAUGACUUAUGGAGAUGGUGAUGGAGUGAUCUUCAUUCCUUUGUCGCAAGGAUUGGAUGUGGUUGCUCACGAGCUCACCCAUGGGCUGACCACCUCGACGUCCAACCUUGUGUAUCGUGGAGAGUCUGGUGCCUUGAAUGAAGCCAUGUCAGAUAUCUUUGCUGCCUUGGUCGAGCACGAGAAUGGGUAUCCGGAUGAAGAUGUGUGGAAGUUAGGUGAAGCCGUCUAUACAUUUCACAUUCCCGGCGAUGCCCUCCGUAGCCUCUCUGAUCCACAACUGUACGGUGAUUAUGAUUUCUAUCCCACGCGUUACGUAGGCAAUGCGGACAACGGCGGUGUCCAUUGGAAUUCGGGCAUUGCCAAUUUGGCCUUCUAUCUGUUGGUGAACGGUGGAACACACCCUCGUGGAGCAACCGACAUUGUUGUUCCCAAGAUUGGAUGGGUGAACGCAGCUUACAUUUUCUACCACGCCAACGUCAAUUGCCUCACUCCAAGUUCAAAUUUUUGGAUGGCACGUGUCUGUACGGCCGAGAUCUUUGGUGGGCACUACAAGGAUGCUGUUCACAAGGCGUGGGAUGCCGUGGGCGUUCCCCAUGACCCACCCGUCAUCUACUGGCUAAUCAGUGGCGUUCAGAUCAAAGGACAGGAAGGAGCAAAUUGGGAAACCCUUCGCUACAUGCUUGGACCGAUUCAACAAGGUGACAGGGUGGCGUGUACCACUUCGGCAAACAAUGGCGACGCAGAUCUUUACGUCAGAUUCGGCCUUCCUGCUGAAGUGAACCCCGCCAGUGUCGAGAAUGCAUGCUACAGCUACCGCUAUGGCUCUUACGAAUCUUGUACCACUGGUCCGGUCCAGACUCCAGUUACCACGGUUCAUGUGGCAAUCCACGCUUGGGAAUCUUUCAGCAAUUUGUCGCUUGUAUGCGAAGUCAUUCCAGCCCCCACGCCGCCACCACCAGCCCCCCCUGCCUCGGACACUCCCGCUGAUGAUGCAUCGGACACUCCCGCUGGUGAUCCCUAGGUUUGCAUGCUACCAGGAACUUUUGAAAGCCCACAAAAGUAAUGGCAAAGGACCAGAGUUCACAACUGCGAAGCGGCUUUGUAGUGAUUCGUUCAAAUUAUGGAGGUCAUGGAACGAUACGAUGUGUUGAAAGUCCCCAUCGACUUCCCGGUGGAUAUACCGUAUGACCAGCCAUACGGCCACAUCUUUAGCUUUGGAUAGAAGGAUAACUGAUUUAUUAAUGAAAAUAUGAUAUGCACUGAGAAA